AAAGUACUACGAAAUUGAACAUCGAAUGACCAGAAUGCCCUGUAUUUCUCAUAAACCCUAAUAACAUUCAUUCAAACGAUUCUUGGUCCAUCAACACAAGCAAUGAACACUUCAAUCUUCAUGGUCCAUCAACACCAAUCCCCAAUAUGAAGAAUCAAAACCCAAUUGAAAUUGGUUCAACCAAACAUGUUGCUGUUUCUGCGCAACAUCGGUGGCAGGGCCUCACUCCGAGUAAGCUCCUUCUACACUUCACCUCCUCAAAAGCCUUUUCCGCUUCUCUUCACAGUUUCAUCCUCUUACUCUCAAAAUUCAUUUUUUUCACACCCCAUGAUUUGGUUCACUAGCUUUAUCUGCGUUAUAAGAUACCAUUUUGUCUCAAAACCUUCCUUUGAUGACAUUGCUUCCGAAUCAAUGCGUAGUUUCAUGCAACAAGAGGAUCCCCCCAUGUUUGAUUCCGCAUUGGCACCCAUUUGGGUGUCUAGGGUUUUGGUGAAACUGAAAGGGGACCCAAAAGCAGCAUUGAAAUUCUUCAAGUGGGCAGGGGCUCGUGCCGGGUUUCGCCACGCCACAGAAUCUUAUUGCGUUUUGGCUCACAUUUUGUUUUGUGGGAUGUUUUAUCUUGAUGCCAGAAGUGUAAUUAAGGAGUGGAUUAUGUUGGGGCGGGAAUUUCCAGGAUGUGAUUCCUUUGACAUGUUGUGGUCGACCAGGAAUGUUUGUAGGCCCGGGUCCGGAGUGUUUGAUGCUUUGUUUAGUGUUUUAGUGGAGUUGGAGAUGCUUGAGGAGGCUAGGCAAUGCUUUUGGAAGAUGAACAAGUUCAGGGUUAUACCAAAAGUGAGGUCCUGUAAUGAGCUUCUUCACAAGCUUUCAAAGUCAGGCAAAGGGAAACAGUCAUUGAGUUUUUUCAAGGACAUGAUUGGGGCCGGCCUUUUGCCUUCGGUUUUCACGUAUAAUAUAGUGAUAGGCUGUUUGGCCAAAGAUGGGGACUUCGGUGUUGCUAGGAGCUUAUUUGAACAAAUGAAACGUAUGGGUCUCAUGCCGGAUGUAGUUACAUACAAUUCUCUCAUUGAUGGGUAUGGAAAGGCAGGGUUAUUAACUGAAGCGAUUGUUAUAUUUGGGAAAAUGAAGGAUGCAGGAUGUGAACCAGAUGUGAUAACAUACAAUUCUCUAAUUAAUUGCUUCUCUAAAUUUGAAAGAAUUCCUCAAACUUUUGAGUAUCUGCAUGAGAUGAAGCAACGAGGGUUGAAACCAAAUGUUGUAACUUAUAGUACACUAAUUGAUGCAUUUUGCAAGGCAGGCAUGAUGCUGGAAGCCAUUAAAUUUUUUGUUGACAUGAUCCGUGUUGGUAUUCAACCUAAUGAAUUUACAUAUACAUCUUUGAUCGAUGCAAAUUGUAAAAUAGGUGAUCUGAAUGAAGCAUUUAAACUAGCAAGUGAGAUGUUGCAGGCUGGACUUAGCUUAAAUAUUGUCACCUACACUGCAUUACUGGAUGGCCUUUGUGAAGAUGGAAGAAUGGAAGAAGCAGAGGAAUUAUUUAGGGCACUGUUAAAAGCUGGAGUGACUCUUAAUCAGCAAAUUUAUACUUCUCUUCUUCAUGGAUAUAUCAAGGCUAAGAUGAUAGAAAAUGCAAUGAAUAUUUUAGAGGAGAUGAACAAGAACUUCAAACCAGACCAGUUGUUGUAUGGAACCAAAAUAUGGGGCCUUUGUAGCCAAAAAAAAAUACAAGAAUUUGAGGCUGUAAUACAUGAGAUGAGGGAUUGUGGUCUAACUGCAAAUAGUUAUAUAUAUACGACCCUUAUGGAUGCUUAUUUUAAAGUUGGGAAAACCGCAGAGGCUGUUCAUCUAUUACAAGAGAUGCAGGACUUGGGUAUUGAGACAACAGUUGUAACAUAUGGGGUACUAAUUGAUGGUUUAUGCAAAAAUGGUUUAGUCCAACAGGCUGUUAGUUACUUUGACCACAUGACUAGCACUGGUUUGCAACCUAAUAUUAUGAUUUAUACUGCUCUGAUUGAUGGUCUAUAUAAAAAUGAUUGUAUUGAAGCAGGCAAGACACUGUUCAAUGAGAUGCUGGAUAAGGGAAUCAGUCCAGAUAAAUUAGUUUACACUACUUUGAUUGAUGGGAACCUGAAGCAUAGCAAUCCUGAAGAAGCUUUGAGUUUGAGAAAUAGAAUGGUUGAAAUGGGUAUGGAGCUAGACCUGCAUGCUUAUACAUCACUAAUUUGGGGUUUUUCUCAUUGUGGUAAAGUACAACAGGCAAAGUCAUUCCUAGAUGAGAUGCUUAGGAAGGGCAUCAUUCCUGAUCAAGUUCUCUGCAUUUGUCUAUUGAGAAAAUAUUAUGAGUUAGGAGAUAUUAAUGAAGCUCAGGCACUUCAUGAUGAUAUGAUAAGAAGGGGCCUAAUUUCUGGGACUGUUGACAUAGCAGUUCCCUCUGUACGCACUUGAGAGGGAAAACAAUUUUGCAUGCUUUGGUUACUAUUUCCAUUUUGGUGGCCCACAAUAUAGAUUACUUCAUUUUAUACCAAAGUUGAAUAGCUUAUUGAAAUGAAUUUGAUGCGUCAUAAUAUAAUGGCAGGUGCCUGUUCUAAUUGAUGCAUUCUCAUUUCUCAAGGUACUAAAAUUUUCACAUACAUCGUGCAUGGGAGUUUCUUUUCAAUAUUCAUUUUCUCAUGUGAUUAUCAAGACAACCAUAACAUGACGAUUUCCCGGUUUGAAAUCAAAUUGGCAAAUAUUUUAACUACUAAGAUGGGAUCACAGUUAUAGUGCCUUCACUUCUACACGUGUUAAUUGCACAAGCUUCGAGCUUCUGAAUCAGGAACUGAUUUUCUCAGAACAUCACAACUUUAAUACAGAAAAUGUAGAGAAGUUCAGCUAUAGUGGAUGCCAUUUUCACCACUUUGACAUGCAAGGGUGUAUCUAAAUGGCAGGCUGGAUGGAUGUGUGGCCACACGGCAAAAGACAAGAUAAGAAAUCAUCGCAUAUGAUGAAAGAUUGGAAUAACACCUAUUGAGAAGAUGGCAAAAAAUCAAUUAAGAUGGUUUGAACAUAUGCAAAGUAGGCCAUUGGAAAUGGAAGGAUCAAUGAGAAGAAUUGAUUGUAUUUUAUGGACUUUCAACCUGUGAAAAAGAGGAGACUAAAAUAAACCUUGGAGGAAAUAAUCAAAAUUGAUCUCAUAAUAGAUAAUAUUGUUGAAAAUUUAGUUUUUGAUUAAGCUAGCAGUGGUGUAUGAUCCAUGUUACUGAUUUUGUUUAAUGUGAUAAGGUUUUGUUGUUGUAUUUAGAUAUCAGGAUAAAGGUCACAUUAAGGAGGCAAAAAGGUCUAUAGCUUUUAGCUAGAAAUUUGUGGACCUUCCAAUGGGUGGAGAGAUUUGGGAUUCGUUUGUUCUCACGCCAUACUUGUUUGUACGUGAAAAAGACAUAUAUGUAUAUAGCCAUCAGGAUGUUUUAUUCGCAUUAAAAAGUUUAGGGAGAGAAGUGGUUGUCUCAAUACAAGGUCACUAGAUUCAAGGAUGAUUAACUUGAGUAGUUACAAAUAAUAUAUAAAAUAUUAAGAUC